AUGAUAUCAUUAUCAUCAGUUCCGCACGAGCUUAUAUCUAUCAAUCCAAUCAUCAAUAAAUCAUUCAAUGAUACAUCCAUACCGACCGCAGUCGACGUAGACAGAUUUGAAACUGAAAGUCGUGAAUUAUUUGUUGGACGUAAUCAACUAUGCAGUGAAUUACCAUUGAUUGAAGGUCAAACAAUCAUUGAUUUAGGUGCAGGUUCAGGGUUAUUUAUGGAAUUAGUGUCUGAACGACUUGGACCCAAUGGUACAUUGAUAUGUGCAGAACCAUCCGCUAAAUUCUGCCAGUAUAUGACUCAGCGAGUAAAUGAACUAAGCAAUUCCGGCCAGAGAGCACAUAUUCAUAUAGUACAAACAUUACCACAUACACUUAUUCAUUCAGACAUACAGAUGCAUAAAAUCGAUGUCGUAUAUUGCAUUGAUACUUAUCAUCACUUUGAAUAUCCAAUAGAAAUGUUAAAGUCAAUACGUGCUACUCUUAAACCAAAUGGACUGUUUGUUAUUGUUGACUUUGAACGUAUACCUGGUGUGACUAUUGAUCGGUUGAUGGAGCAUGUACGAUGUGGUAAAGAGAUCGUAAUGAAUGAAGUUGAAUCAGUUGGCUUUGUAUUAGUUGAAGAAAAACAUAUAUUCAAAGAGAACUAUUUAUUGAUAUAUCGAUCACCUUAA